AUGGAUACGCAGCAAAGCAAUAAGCCUCACAGGUCUAACUCAAAAAGGACAACGGCAAAAAUGAAGUUGAGCUCUCAGGGACAGAACGCAAAAGCAUUUGCGGUUUCAAGGCCCGGUAAGCUACAGAAACAGGCCAAAAGAUCGAGCGAUCUUAAUGAGAAAAAAUUACAUGUUCCUAUGAUUGACAGGAAUCCGGAUGAUGAUCCACCCCCUGUGAUUGUCGCUGUGGUUGGCCCAAAGGGGACUGGAAAAACGACUUUGAUCAGAUCAUUGAUACGAAGAUUAACAAAAACCACGUUGACAGAUAUUAAAGGUCCUAUUACUGUCGUGAGUGGCAAAAGAAGAAGGCUCACAUUUAUCGAAUGUGGUAAUGAUCUUAACUCAAUGAUAGACAUUGCAAAAGUUGCAGAUUUGGUUUUGCUAAUGAUCGAUGGCAACUUUGGUUUUGAGAUGGAAACAAUGGAAUUUUUAAAUAUUGCGCAACAUCACGGAAUGCCCAAGAUACUUGGAGUUACGACUCAUCUUGAUCUAUUCAAAAAGCCGGCGACUUUGCGAGCCUCAAAGAAAAGACUGAAACACCGUUUUUGGACCGAAGUUUAUCAAGGCGCAAAGCUGUUCUAUUUAUCGGGAGUUAUUAAUGGCCGCUACCCUGAUAGAGAAAUUCUGAAUCUUGCUCGUUUUAUUUCCGUGAUGAAAUUCAGACCUCUUAGAUGGAGAAACGAGCAUCCAUAUUUGUUAGUCGACAGGAUCAUAGAUCUGACGCAUCCAUCUUUGAUAGAAAAAAGCCAAAAGGUCGAUCGCAAGGUUGCUGUUUAUGGAUAUAUUCAUGGCACUGCAUUGAAAGCUGAGAAUCAACGAGUUCAUAUUGCUGGUGUAGGCGACUACUCAAUCUCUCAUGUGGAGAAAUUACCUGACCCUUGUCCCACACCUUACUACGAACAAAGGUUAGAAGAAAUUGAACGGGAACAAAGGAAGGAUGCAGAGCAGAGUGGGCAAGGUAGUGUUUUAAGGCGUGGAAGAAGAAAGAGAUUAGAAGACAAGCAAAAGAUCAUUUACGGGCCAAUGUCAGAUGUUCAGGGGGUUUUAAUUGAUAAAGAUGCAGUUUAUAUUGACAUUGGAAGUGAGUCAUUCAAGGAAGGAGCCGAACAUGGUCUUGGUGAGAAAAUGAUGACAAGCUUACAGAAGGCUAGUGAGGUGUUGGAUGCAAGAUCAUCCAGUGGGGUCCAGUUGUUUAGUGAUGCCCCCAAAUCAGUUUCAGAAGACGAGCACAACGUAGAGAAUGAGGUUCUCAGGCACGAUAGUGGAAGAAAAGAACUCAGACAGGCUCGUCCUUACAAAUUUGAUGAAUCAGAGAUCUCUGAUGAUGCGGGGAUACCCUCUAGCGAUGCAGAAUACCAAGACGAAGGUGACAGUCAAGAAAAUCUCAACUUCCUGAAGGGCAUGCAGGACUCAACUCAAAUGCCCAAAGAUCCUGAACAAUCGAGCAUUGAAUCUGAAUCUGAUUUUGAAUUAUCGGAUGAUGACUCAUUGGAGGCUAAAUCUUACUGGCAAAACAUUGGGUCGAAGUUGAAUAACAUUCAUAUGAAGAAAACAUGGGAUAUCAACAAGUUAUUGUAUAUGGACAACAUUGACCCGAUUGAUGCAUUAUCCAGAUGGAGGAAAGAAGAAGAUGAACUGGUGUCUCCGAGCUACAAUGAAGAUGGAGAUGCUGGCAACAGAAAAAUUCGUGAUGGGGAAGAUUCGGACUCUGACGAGGAAGAAAAUUUCUUUGUUAAGAAGGACACUUUCAAAAACCCUAACCAAAGCGAUAAAGUUACUACAGGAAACAACACUCCUGCCAACAUAUUACAUGAGAAAUGGCUUGUAGAUAAGUCCGCUCUGAGCAGAUUGAAAACCCGGUUUUUCGUUUCUGCAAAGCAAAGAGUGAUAGAAUUAGAUGCCGACGACACCGAUACCGACGAGCAGAACGCAGACUUUGAAGACUUGGAAAAUGAAGAAGAAGAUUUGUGUGAAUCUGAUGGAGCUUCCGAAAACGGUGCGGAGAAUGAUUCCCUUACCUUUGAUGCUGAAGCUGCCGAUGUUCAGGAAACAUUGAACAUGGGCUUCGCUGGUGGAGAGAAAUCCAGCGAUAUGAGUAUUGAGCGGCAGAGGGAGCACAAUGCUAAGAGAAAAGAGAAGCUUAAACAACAAUUUGAGGAAGAAGAAAACUUUACAAACAAGGAUGAUAUCUUUGAUGAAAAUGAUACAUGGUAUGAAUACCAGAAGGCAAAGAUGGCCAAACAGCUUGAGAUCAACAAAUCUGAGCUUACCAACAUGUCAGAAGACGUCAGGGCACAUAUAGGGGGUUUCACUGCAGGGUCGUAUGUCAAACUGACUUUCAACAACUUGCCAAUGGAAAUAAUAGAGAACUUUGAUCCAAAAUAUCCUUUGGUAAUUGGUGGUCUUUUACAAACUGAAGAUAGGUUUGGGUUUUUGAACGCAAGAAUUAGAAGGCACAGAUGGCACAAAAAGGUUUUGAAGACUAACGACCCACUGAUUUUAUCUUUAGGAUGGAGGAGGUUCCAAACACUUCCAGUCUACACAACAUCCGACUCAAGAACCAGGAAUAGAAUGCUGAAGUACACCCCUGAACACACAUAUUGUUUUGCCACUUUCUAUGGACCUUUGGUUGCGCCCAAUACUACUUUUUGUGGUGUACAAGCGGUUGCGAAGGAGCUCACUACUGGCUCUUUUAGAAUAGCUGCUACUGGUAUUGUUGAGGACCUGAAUGCCGAUGUCGAGAUCGUGAAGAAAUUGAAGCUUGUUGGGCACCCAUACAAGGUUUACAAAAACACGGCAUUCAUCAAAGAUAUGUUUUCUUCUGCUUUGGAAGUUGCAAAAUUCGAAGGAGCCACUAUCCGAACAGUUUCUGGACUCCGGGGAGAAAUCAAGAGAGCACUGUCCAAACCAGAAGGACAUUUUAGAGCCACUUUUGAGGACAAAAUCUUGAUGAGUGAUAUUGUGUUUUUGAAGACGUGGUAUCCGAUCAAGCCAAAAAAGUUUUAUAACCCCGUGACAUCUCUGCUCCUAUCUGACAAGGAAAAUUGGAGAGGUAUGAAGCUUACAGGAACAUUAAAGGCAGAAAAUAACAUGUCAGCAGUGCCAAAUCCUGAUUCCGAGUACAAGAAAAUUGAACGAAAAGAACGAAAAUUCAAUCCACUCAAAAUUCCUCGGUCCAUUCAAGCAAACUUGCCUUACAAAUCUCAGUUGCACCAAAUGAAAAAACAAAAAAGCAAAGGAUAUUUGCAAAAGAGAGCAGUCGUGGUGGGAGGUGAAGAAAGGAAGGCAAGAAGCAUUGUUCAAACCGUUCAAACUAUCAAAAAGGAUAAAGACCAAAAACGGUCAAUAAAGAAGCAAGAAAAAAAUGCUGAAAGACUCAGAAAGCUGGCAAAACUGGAGGAGGCUAAAAAAGAUAAGGAGAGGCAACGAAAGAAGGAGUUUUUCUCGAAAAGUUUGAAGCGUAAAUUGACAGUUAGUCCUGCCUCCAGUGAUGCAUUCGGUAAGAAAAGGAAAAGCUGA